GAAACCUCGAGCUGGUUGUGUUUCUGCUGCAGAACCUGGAGCUGAAGGAUCUCCUUCCUUACGGCUUCGCCAUUCACCAUGCCGGCAUGACGCGUGUGGACCGGACGCUGGUGGAGGAUCUCUUUGCUGACAAGCACAUUCAGGUGCUGGUCUCCACAGCCACGCUGGCCUGGGGGGUGAACCUCCCCGCUCACACCGUCAUCAUCAAGGGGACGCAGGUGUACAGCCCCGAGAAGGGACGCUGGACCGAGCUGGGGGCUCUGGACAUCCUGCAGAUGCUGGGGCGUGCUGGGAGACCUCAAUACGACACCAAAGGAGAGGGGAUCCUCAUCACGUCCCAUGGCGAGCUGCAGUAUUACCUGUCCCUGCUCAACCAGCAGCUCCCCAUUGAAAGUCAGAUGGUGUCGAAGCUCCCGGACAUGCUGAAUGCUGAGACCGUGCUCGGCAACGUCCAGAAUGCUAAGGAUGCGGUGAACUGGCUGGGCUACACCUACCUGUACAUCCGAAUGCUGCGCUCCCCAACCCUCUACGGGAUCUCCCACGACGAUCUGAAGGGGGAUCCGCUGCUGGACCAGCGCCGCCUGGAUCUGGUUCACACCGCCGCCCUCAUGUUGGACAAGAACAACCUGGUGAAGUACGACAAGAAGACGGGGAACUUCCAGGUGACGGAGCUGGGCCGCAUCCCCAGCCACUACUACAUCACCAACGAGACGAUGCAGACUUACAAUCAGCUCCUCAAACCCACCCUGAGUGAAAUCGAGCUGUUUCGGGUCUUCUCGCUGUCCUCAGAGUUCAGGAACAUCACCGUGAGGGAGGAGGAGAAGCUCGAGCUUCAGAAGUUGCUGGAGCGAGUUCCUAUCCCGGUGAAGGAGAGCAUAGAGGAGCCCAGCGCCAAGAUCAACGUGCUCCUCCAGGCCUUCAUCUCCCAGCUGAAGCUGGAAGGGUUUGCUCUCAUGGCUGACAUGGUGUACGUUACCCAGUCGGCCGGGCGGCUGAUGCGCGCCAUCUUCGAGAUCGUCCUCAACCGGGGCUGGGCCCAGCUCACCGACAAGACCCUGAACCUCUGCAAGAUGAUCGACAAAAGGAU